AUGGCGAAAAAGGGCAGCAAAGACAAGGGCGGCGCCCCUGCGUCGGCGUCGGCGUCGGCGUCGGCCUCAGCCUCAUCAACCGCCGCGAAAGCAACGGCGGCCAAACCGGCGGCCAAACCCGCCGCCAAGAAGGAAAUCAAGAAGCCGCCGCCAGAGGACGACUUCAUCGUCUUUACCAAUUCGGACAAGGAGCCCAAAAAGAGGGGCGGACCCUCGGGCGCCAGCAAGCCGCCGCCCGCCGACGAGGCUGCUGAACCCGGGCCCCCAAAGCCAACCAUCAAGCAGAUCAUCGGCGGCGCCUCGUGGACGGGGAAGCUGCCCGUCAACCUCCUCUCGGAGCACUGCCAGCGCCAGAAAUGGGAGCAUCCCGACUACAACACCAUCAAAACGCCUGAGGGCUUCUCCGUCUUCGUGAGCCUCAGUGCCAAGAACCCAAAGACGCGUGAGCUCGUCAAGCUGCCCCCCUUCAAGCUCCCCCCCAGCCAUGUCCAUCUUGCCUACAGGCCCACCGCCCUCGAGGCCAAGCACUUUGCUGCCACCUAUGCCCUCUACCGCGUUUGCAGCAUGAAGAACCUGUCCAUCUCCCUGCCCCCUCACUACAAGACCCUUUGGAAGGAGUUUGAGGCCUUGAAGAAGCUGGACGUCCGCGAGGGCAAGGCAUGGAUGUACGAGGCCGACCCCUUCCAGGCCCUGCGAGAGCGCGAAGAGGCCAAGGCUGUCGCCGAAAAGAAGCGGAAGCAGCUGCAGGCCGCCCGCGAGAAGGCCGCAGAAGAGCCCGGCGGUGCUGCCCUGGCCUUCAGGGGCGGCGGAUCCGGAGGCGGCGUUCCCGGAUCCCACACCGUCUCGAGGGGGUGGGUGACCGUCCCCAAGAUCGAGAUGGGCAACAAGACGCGAGCCCAACUCGAGGAUCUCCUGCGGAAAGAAACGGUCUGGAACCAGUACGGGGUGGUCAUGUCGACCUCCCAAAAGGCUGCCAUUGUCAAGGAGUUCAAGGACCUGGGCUUCCGCCAGAGCCACAUCGAAGAGGCUGUCGAAGAGUGCAAGGACCGCGAGGAAACGCUCGAGUGGCUCCUCGUUCACAUCCCCGAGGACGAUCUCCCUCGGUGGGCCCUGCCAGAAAGGUACAGUGCCGGAGUCACUGUAGCAACCACUGAUCUGCGCAAAGAGGGCAUGAUCAAGCGCCUCUCCCAGUCCGGGUAUUCGGCCGAUCUGUGCGGCAAGGUUCUCGACGCCAACGACGGCGACGAGGGCAAGGCCGCGGCGGCGUUGCAGAAGCUCCUCUUGGCCAGCGGCGCCGAUGGUAGUGAGGCCAUCCCAGGCCAAGCCGGAACAGACGCCGAAGAGCUGGAUUCGUGGAGGUCGCCAGAGGAGUACUGGGAAGAAGAAAUGACGACCCUCGAGGCGUGCUUUGGGGGCAAAUACACGAGGUUGGCAGACGACCUGUGCCAGAUACGGCUCGAUUCAGUCACCAACGGGCCAAACACAAAUGUCGAGACGGACGUCCGGUUCCGGAGAUCGCCGCAGUAUCCUGCCCAGGUAAUCUUGUCCAUCGUAGCACCGCUCCCUGCCUACAUCAAACUCAGCAUAAUCAAGAGGACCCUUGCCUAUGCUGGUGCCUCGUUGCGCGGAGAGGAGUCCAAGGUCUACUUUAUCUCGAGCUGGCUGCAGGAAAACAUCAAUGAGAUCAUAGAGCGGCCCGGGGCUCUCCGCGACGUGGCCGCUGUGGCGUCGGCAGCCUCGGAGGAGCCAAAGGCGGUUCCGAAGCCGUCGCGAAAACGGGCGCGGAAUCCAAGGCCGAUUGACUGGACACCAGAUGCUCGGAGCAAAAGCGAGUGGCUCGUACGCACGGGAACUCCGAGCUUCAUGAAGAUGCUGGCACAGCGCCAGAAGCUGCCGGCCUGGGAUGUGCGUGACGACAUCAUAGACACGGUCUAUGAGAACCAAGUCACCAUUAUUUCGGGAGAAACAGGGUCAGGAAAGUCGACCCAGUCCGUCCAGUUCAUCCUCGACGAUUUAUACAGCAGAGGCCUCGGGCGCGGAGCCAGAAUCGUCGUGACCCAGCCCCGACGUAUCUCGGCCUUGGGUCUCGCAGACCGAGUGAGCGAGGAGCGGUGCACUACGGUAGGACAAGAAGUUGGCUACACGAUUCGCGGCGAGAACAAGACGAGCCCGGAUACAAAGAUCACGUUUGUGACGACUGGUGUUCUGCUUCGGCGUCUGCAAACAUCUGGCGGCAGCGUCGACGACGUGGUGGCCUCGCUGGCCGACAUCAGUCACGUCGUAGUCGAUGAAGUCCACGAGCGCAGCCUCGACACCGACUUCCUGCUGAGCAUCAUCCGCGACGUCUUGUACAAGCGCAAGGACUUGAAGCUGAUCCUGAUGAGCGCAACGCUCGACGCUACUGCGUUCAAAGACUACCUCAGAAAGGACGACAAGGGCAUCUCGGUCGGCAUGGUUGAGAUUGCCGGCCGUACCUACCCCGUCGAAGACUACUAUCUCGACGACGUCAUCCGCAUGACAGGCUUCACGCUUGAGAACCGGUACAACAGCAGAGACAGGGACGAAUCCGACCCGGAUGGCUUCUCUAGCAAGCCGUCUGGGGAUCCUCAGCAGAACGACCCUAUGAACAAGAUCAUCCAGAAGCUCGGAAGCCGCAUCAACUACGACUUGCUGGCAGAGACGGUAAAGGGAAUCGACCGGGACCUGGCAGCAACGCAGAAGUCUGGCGGCAUCCUGGUGUUCCUGCCCGGAGUGGCCGAGAUCAGCCGUGCAUGCAAGGUCCUGGGCUCGGUCAGCUCGCUGUUCGUGCUGCCCCUUCACGCGUCCCUGAUAACCAGGGAGCAGCGCAAGGUGUUUGCCAGCGCGCCUUCUGGCAAGAGGAAGGUGGUGGUGGCCACUAAUGUUGCUGAGACGUCGAUUACGAUUGACGACAUUGUCGCCGUCAUAGACAGCGGGCGGGUCAAGGAGACGUCGUUUGACCCGCAGAACAACAUGCGCAAGCUAGAGGAGACGUGGGCGUCCCGCGCGGCCUGCAAACAGCGCCGCGGCCGAGCCGGCCGUGUGCAGGCAGGCAAAUGCUACAAGCUCUACACGCGAAACCUUGAGAUGCAGAUGGCCGAGCGUCCUGAGCCCGAGAUCCGGCGCGUGCCGCUCGAGCAGCUGUGUCUGGCCGUCAGGGCCAUGGGCAUCAGGGACGUGACUAACUUCCUGGCCCGGGCCCCGACGCCGCCCGAGGCGACGGCAGUCGAGGGAGCCAUUUCAAUGCUGCGCAGGAUGGGUGCUCUCGACGGCGAGGAGCUGACGGCGCUCGGCCAGCAGUUAGCCAUGAUCCCCGCCGAUCUACGGUGCGGCAAGCUCAUGGUGUUUGGCGCUAUUUUCGAUUGCCUGGAUGACUGCGUCACCAUUUCGGCAAUCUUGAGCACCAAGAGCCCCUUUCUCUCCCCGGCCGACAAGCGGGACGAGGCCAAGGAGGCCAAGAUGCGCUUCUCGCAGGGCGACGGCGACCUGCUCACGGACCUCCGGGUGUUCAAAGAGUGGGACGACAUGGUGCAGAACUGGGUGCCCCAGAGGCGGGUGCGGCAGUUUUGCGACGAUAACUUCCUCUCCUUCCAGACGCUCUCCGACAUUGCGUCGACGCGGACGCAGUACUACUCGUCGCUGUCCGAGAUGGGCAUCGCUGCGCCGUCGCCUACGGUAGCGGCAAACCGCAGCUCGCCGUCGAUGGCGCUGCUCCGCGCCCUGACGGCAUCGGCCUUCAGCCCGCAGAUCGCCCGCAUCCAGUUCCCCGACAAGAAGUACGCGUCGUCGUCGUCGGGCGCCGUCGAGCUAGAUCCCGAUGCCAAGACGAUCAAGUAUUUUGCCCAGGACAGCGGGCGCGUCUUUAUCCAUCCCGGCAGCACCAUGUUUGGCAGCCAGGGCUUCACCGGCAACGCCGCCUUCUUAUCGUACUUCACCAUGAUGGCGACGAGCAAGAUUUUUGUGCGAGACCUCACGCCAUUCAAUGCGUACACGCUGCUCCUUUUUGCCGGAGCCAUUGGGCUGGACACGCAGGGUCGCGGCCUUGUGGUGGACGGGUGGCUGCGUCUCCGGGGCUGGGCGCGGAUUGGUGUCUUGGUGUCGCGGCUGCGGGGCGUCAUUGACGGCCUCAUUGCCAAGAAGGUGGAGAACCCAUCCCUGGAUCUUACCAAGAACGAGGUCAUCAGAACGGUGGUGAAGCUGAUAGAGCUAGACGGACUCGAUGCAUGA